CUGCAACAAACCUGGAUAUUUUGAUAACAAGAGAAAAUUUGAAAUACAUUGCGUUCAGUUGUGCAUCAUUUUUUACCAGGAUUAUUUCGAUGGAUUUCCAGCUCUGUUAUUCUGAGAGAGAGAGGGCCAAGACACGGUUUCUACAGAGAAGUUCUGGAAGUUUCCAGCUGGUGUGAAAUGUGAAGGAUGUUAUGGCAAACUGGGCCAACUUUGCCAACAUUGCCUCACCAAGAAACAGCUCUCGUCACAGUAUCACUGAUGCAGUAUUUAUCGUAACAUCGAGCCCUGUGGAAAGCAGAGGGAUAAAGGAACAAGCCGAUAAAAAUGUCUGACCUCACUCAGGUAGCAGUGUACUCAGACUCCUCUGAUAUUUACAAGAAUGUGUUCUGCAACCCUGCCUUUGAGCUGGAGGGGGAGCGGGAGGACAAGGUGGAGGGUUUCCGGACUUCCUCAUCCACCCCUGAGCCAAUCAAACCACCAGCAGCCAACCGGGGGCUGUUCGGGGUGUGUGUGAUGCGUCUGCGGGGCCCGGGGUGCAGCUGGCGGCUGGUUGUGGUCUCUGCUGCUGCUGUGCUCCUGGUAGCAGCUCUGGGUCUCAUGCUGCUCCUCAUCCUUACACAGAUAAAAGAGCAGGCAGUGGACGGGCCGCUGCUGUCCACCAGUCCUCCAGACCUGCUGAGCAGAGGAGAUGGCAUGACCCUCAGUUUACCCACAGCUCCUGCCAACAGGACACACAGGGACAGUACAGCAGCACCGCCGCCCGCCAGACUCCCCCCGGCUGAGACACGUUGUGGAGGUGUACUGACUGACUUAGAGGGCAGUUUUAGUUCCCCUAACCACCCUGGCCCUUACCCCUCCAACUCACUGUGUGUGUGGGUGAUCCAGGUCCAGCCCCCAUCCCUGGUUCAAAUCCAUGUCUCCUCCAUGACUGUGGAGGGGCCGUCUCCCUGUCUGUUUGACUGGCUGGAGGUGCAGGAGCAGAUUGACCAGAGCUCUGUGGUCACCAGGUUCUGUGGUAAUGUAGCGCCACCAACAGUCAACACCAACAGCAGCACAGUCUGGGUCACCUUCCGCUCUGAUGGUAGCAUUGCAGGCAGCGGCUUCACUGCACAGUACCGGGCCAUACUACCUGAACAUAAGACCUGCUCCAGAGAAGAGUUCAUGUGUGACAGUGGCCGCUGUCUGCUGCCUGUAUCUGUGUGUGACGGUCACCCAAACUGUCACGACCAAACAGAUGAGGCCAACUGCAGCCAUAAGCACAAUGAGUGUGGUGGACAGAAGACUGGGCCGUAUGGCUACCUGGCAAGUCCAAACCACCCUAAGCCUUACCCUCACCAACAGUUGUGUACAUGGCGUAUAUCUGUUGAGAAGAGUCAUGUGAUCACACUAAGCUUCAGGAACUUCAGUCUGGAAACUCAGGAUGUGUGUGAGUUUGACUAUGUGGAGGUCCACGACAGUGCCGACACUGGGGCAGGACGGGUCCUGGGACGAUUUUGUGGUACCACCUUCCCACCAGACCUGACCUCCUCUGGCCCUCAGAUGACUGUGGUGUUUGUGGCUGAUGAGGGAGUGGCUGACAGCGGCUUCAAUGCAACAUACCAGGCUGUGUCUUUAACAGAAAGGACAUGUGGUCCCAACCACUUCAUCUGCAGUACAGGUGAAUGUCUGCACCAGCAGUGGCUAUGUGACGGAUGGAACGACUGCUCUGACGGAGCUGACGAGCAAGGCUGCGACAACUCCACGUACCCUCCCUUCACUACAUCAUGUGAGUCCAUUGAAGUAGAAAUGUGCCAGGGCCUCAGCUACAACCUCACCUCCUUCCCUAAUAUUUGGCUUUCCAUUGCUGAUCAGAGAGAAGCUGCUGCACUGCUGAGACAGUACCAGGUGCUGAAGGAGCUGGCGUGCUACGAGCCCCUGCAGAGGCUGGUGUGUGGGAUGUUCCUGCCUCAGUGCAGCCCCCAGGGCGGCAUCCUCCAGCCAUGCCGCUCCGUCUGCUCCUCGGCUGAGCAGCAGUGCAGCCAAGCCCUGGAUCUCUUCUCCUUCAGCUGGCCCUUCAACUGCCACCUGCUGCCCGACUCACAGGACCCCAUGGAGUGCUCGUCGCCUUGAUGCUUGAACAGUGACAAAGGAUUACAGAGAUGGAUGAAGUAGUAUUUUAGUAAUGAGAGUGAGACAAUCAUCCCAGCGUACUCCAAGUCUGAACAAUAUUUCACCUAUUACCUGGUGCCUGAUUUACAGGAUGGAGUGCUUGAGGAUUCAAAGGCCUGCUCUUUACAAAGCCGUGGAGUCAAGUUUUCUGGACAAUAGGCCCUCCAUAUCCACAACACUGAAAAGGUGUGUUGUAGCAAGCAGGCCACAAGGGAGAGACAAAACCUAUGGUUAAAUGAAUGUCCACUGUACACUGCCAGCCAAACAUCACUGUGGUCCAGGAGCGAAGACAGUGCAGCUUUCAAGGAGAUGCAAAGGAGUUUUUUUUCUGUGAUUGAGAAACUGAUUAUGCUGUAUGAAUGAAAUGACAGUUCUUAAUAUCCAAAGACAAUCGAAUUUCUGUAAAUCAUCUUUUUGUGCUUUAUUUAUUUCUUGGAUGUCAAUCAUGUAAAAAGAUUAUUCUCACAUGAAGCAGGAAUGACUCCAGAGAGAACAGCCUUUUUAAACCCUUUUUAAACAUAAAACAUUUAUUGCAUUGUUCACUUGUAUUAAUUGAGUGAUUGUGAACAGUCAGGACUUAAUCCAGUGAGGGGAAAAACAGAUAAACAUACAGAAACUGAAUCACUGCUGUGCUUCAACUAGUCUGCCUGAACAUGUACAACUUAUACUAUCAGACAGACAGAAGAAAGAAACUAACAUUUAAAGCAUGAAUAAUUUCAUCCACUUGUCAGCCUAUAUGGUGGGAGAAUCCUGCUGAACAUGAGAUAAAACACAGGGUUUUGGGAAAAGGAGCUUAAAUGCUGAUUGAUUUUGACUGAUCCUAAAAGAAACUAAUCUUUAUGCAGAAAGGUGAAUCAUUGUGCUAUAAUUUGGACAGAUACAGCGAGUAGCCAUCUCUUUCCACUAGUGACCAGGUGAAACAACAUUAAAUCUAUCAACUUUAAAUCGUACAUGAAGCUCAAGUGCUUUAAGGACAGUUCCAGUGUUUUGGGACUUUCUGCUCAGUCUCAGCAUUCCUUUACUGUCACAUCGUAUCCUGCAGAGCUUGAAAUAUUUGCUAUUUUAUUUUGUCCCAACAAGGUCCUUCUGUUUUUCAAAAAAUGUUUUGAAUUAAACUUUGUCCAGCUAUUUCAAGUU